ACGCUUUUCAAUGAUGUCUUUAAAUGGUGAUUUUUCCAAGGAGGAAGAAGAAAUUAAAGAGGCUCAGCAUUGACCUGUACUAAUUGGUAACGGCAACGUCUUGACUUUCUGCACUCUGAGACAGUAGGCAGGCAGGCAGCAGUGCACAAUAAUAUCUCGUUCAUGGCAGCAGCUCACAAAAUCAUCACUCCAUCAUAUCCCCUUCACUCUCUGAAAAUUUGAAAGUCAAAACCCAAUUUAAAUUUCUAGGGUUCAGUUGUUCUCCAUAAAUACUUACAUAUAAAGGAGGAAGCUUUUUUAUUAACCUGUGCUGAAAUUGUGAAGCUUUUGCGACCAAAACAAUGGCGAAUGCCCAGAUUUUGUUCUUCCUUUUGGCCUCUUCUCUAUUGUAUAUUUCAAGAGCAGAAGCCAGAGAAAUCCCAGCUGCCUCCACGUUGCCUGUAUCUGGUCGAAAUGAAUCAUUAUCAUCUUCUGCUGGUGCUUCUCCUUCUUAUAUGGCCAUCAGAUCUUCAUCACUUGAGGAAGGAAGCCUGGAUGGUGAGGCUGAUUGUAAGGGAUUAAACAGUGAAGAGUGUUUGAUGAGAAGGUCCAUGGUUGCUCACACAGACUAUAUCUACACACAAGACAUAAGUCCUACUGGACCAUGAUUUCAUCCAUCUGUUUUCCCUAGCUACUCUGUUAAUUUAGUAAAUUUUGCUACAUCAUGUAAUCAAGUAAAUUAUAGGUUUUGUGUUUUGAGCU